CAUCGAAUCAGUCGAGAACAAUAUUCCGAUAUACUCACCUAAAAUGGCAAAAAAAUUGCAUUACUUCAAUUUCAUCGCUCUGGCUGAGCCAAUAAGGUAUAUUCUUCAUUACACCAAACAAGAGUUUGAGGAUGUCAGACAUGACCAUAGAUUUUGGCCAAACCCAGAAUUUAAAGAAAAAUUACCCUACGGACAGUUUCCUCUGUAUGAAGAAGGUGAUCGUAUACUGACGCAGUCUCUAGCCAUCGCUAAGUACGUAGCUAGGGGCACAGAUCUCAUCCCAUCUGAUCCUUGGACGCAAGCUGUUUUGGAUGCAGCCGUAUAUACCAUCUACGAUUAUUGGUCAAAGGUCGUAACUUUCAUCAAAGAAACAGAUCCAGAAAAAAAGAAAAAACUGAAGCGUGUUAUAAUGGAUGAAACUAUAGACUUCUUCUUCUCAAGACUUGAUAAAGAUCUUAAGGAAAACGGUGGCUACUUUAGUGGAAAGCUGUCCUGGGUGGAGUUUGUUUUAUGCGGCUUAGUUGAGGCAAGCAACUACUUCUUGGACACCGAAUUGGAGAAGAAGUACCCCAGAGUCGAAGCUAUAAUUAAACAUAUAAAGAGUCUACCCGGUGUCAAGGAGUACGUUGAGGCAAGAGGCCCUAAUGUUUUUAAGCAAUGAUUUACAAGUCUUGAAUGUGUAAAUGAAACAAGAGAUAGCAAUCAUGAA